UAAAUUUCUCUAAGUCGCUUAGCAACGACAUAGCAUAGACAGGUUUAAAAUAUUAUAUUUAUUAAUUCGUUGAUUUAAAAUAAUUGAAAAUGUCUGAAGACGGAUCAGAAUAUGAAGAUGAACAAGGAGCUAACUUGGGGACAUACGAGGGCGAGAGAAAUGAUAAAGAAGAGAGGCACGGCCGAGGUAAAGCAACCCUCUCGAAUGGUGAUACAUACGAGGGAAUGUAUGAAAAUAAUAAAAGGCAUGGUCAAGGAACAUACAGAUUCAAAAAUGGAGCACGAUAUAUAGGAGAAUGGAAUAAGGGGAAGAAACAUGGUCAAGGAAUGUUCAUUUAUCCGGAUGGUUCUAAGUAUGAAGGUAGCUGGGCAGAUGAUCAAAGAUGCGGUUUCGGAAAAUAUUUUUAUGUUAAUGGGGACACCUUUGACGGAGAAUGGCAAAAUCAUCUUAGACAUGGUCAAGGUUGUUAUGUUUUCGCAAAAACCGGUUCCAAAUAUGUCGGUACCUGGAAAGAGGGAAAACGCGAAGGCCAAGGUGAACUUAUUCACUUAAAUCAUAAAUACGUUGGACCAUACGUCGAAGAUAAGCCCAAAGGAAAAGGAAAAUAUGUCUUUGAUUUAGGUUGCCAACAGCACGGUGAAUACAUUGUUGUAGAGGCUCCAGAACAAGGACAAGGAGGAGUAGAAGAGGAGGAAGGAGCAGCAACAAAAUCGAUAUGGAAAGCUGUUGGUAUAACUCAAGUUCUUACAGCCGAUGACGAUGAUCUAGAAGAUGAAAUUCAGCAAUUGGAAGAAAAGAAAGAUGAUGCAGGCUCUCCCUUAGCAGAAGCUCCAGUCGAAGGAGAAACAGAGGAGGGAGAUAACAUGUAAAAAAUAAAAUUGUGAAGCAUGUGUCUGUUAUAAUUGUGCGGCACCUCCUGUUGAUGGUGAAAACGGAGAACAACCGACCGCAGAAGGCGAAGGUCAACCUUCAGCCGAAGUCGAAGAAGAAGCUGGAGCAGCGGCUACUACAGGAGAGGCCGAACCAGAGGGAGAAAAAGAAGCAGAAGAAGAAACGACAGCCGAAUAACAGACAUAUAGUUUCAAAAAAAAAAUAUCCCCCUAUAAAUAUAAUUAGUUAAUAAAAUCUUUAACAAAAAUAUACAAUUUUUUUUUCAUAAAUUAUAUAUAGAAUACAUAUAUUUAAACAUUUUUUCCAUAUAUAGAUAGAGUUGAUGUCUUUACUUUAGCGUAGGAUCUACGUAUCCAAUAUUCUUUAUUUUAUUGAAUUGAAGAGAAGACAGAAAAGAAGAAAAGAUAAAUUGAUAUAUGUAGUCACACUAGAAUAAUAUCCAUAAGUUAAAAUGAUUAAAAACCUAUUACAGCUACUUAUUUUUGGAAUCGCAUAAAUUGAUAAGAAUAUUUUUGAUUAAUUCUGCAACGGGAGGAUGUAAGCAA